GGGGCUGGGGCCGGGGGCGGCGCUGGGAGCCGGAUCCUCGGCCAGGCCGGUCCAUGGCCAGGGUUCCUUGUGUCCCCGGCUGGCAUCAUGCGGAUCCUCUUCCUGGCCGUGCUGCGAGCGCACACCGGCAACGCCGUGACGGCCGCGCGGAUCCGGGAUCAUCUAGACGCCGUAGGUCACACAUGUAUUCUGAAAGACGCCCUUGACUUUGAAAGCUCCUCGGCAGUAGCCCACCUAAUUGGCACUGAGAAGUUUGAGGCAGCUCUGGCCCUUCAUCUGUAUAGAGGAGGCAGACUUUUGCAAGGUCAAAGAAUACCUUUUGGAAUCAUCUUUGGAGGAACAGAUAUAAAUGAAGAUAUUAACCAUGAAGAAAAGAAACAGAUAAUGGGGAUUAUUCUAGAAGAAGCCAGAUUUGCAGUGGCUUUUACAGAAUCAAUGAAGGAAAUGGCACUAAAUAAGUGGCCACAUGCUAAGGGCAAAAUCCAUGUCCAAGGCCAAGGAAUUUCAACUAUGCCAAAUGUCACCUUUAACUGGAACACAUUUCUACAAAGUGCAGAGAUUAACCAACGUGCAGAUAAUUUGCACGUAUUUAUUUUGAUAUGUGGACUUAGACGAGUCAAAGAUCCUCUUUAUUUGGUGGAUGCUUUCUCAGAGUGGCACCGAGAAGAGCCCAAUGUUUACAUGGUUAUUGUGGGACCUGAAGUUGAUCCAGUGUUUACAAGAGAAGUGAAAGCCAGAGUGAAAAGGGCAGCUGGGGUACAACUGAUAGGGGAGAUGUCUCGAGAAGAUCUUCACGCCAUUGUGAAAAAUUGCUUCGCUGUUGUGAAUAGCUCCAUUUCAGAAGGAAUGUCGGCUGCAGUUCUGGAGGCAAUGGACCUGGAAGUUCCUGUGUUGGUAAGAAACAUCCCUGGCAAUGCAGCCAUUGUUAAACAUGAAGAGACAGGAUUAUUGUUCUCCCAUCCUCAGGAAUUUGUUCAGCUGGCCACCAGACUGGUCAAUGAUCCUGCAUUAGAAAAGAAAAUCGUGACAAAAGGAAAAGAAUAUGUCAGAUUGUGUCAUUCAUGGAAAUCUGAAAAAGACACCUAUCAAAAUCUUAUGCGGAAACUUCAAUGAAUCAUCAAGUAUUAGGAAAAUGUGCAUGGCAUCCAUUAUGUGUCACUUCAAGUCAAUUACAAACCACAACCCGCUGGUGUUACAUCCAGACCUGGUUUUAAGUCAGUGGGGUCCAUUUCAGUAAAAUCAGACAUGUUUCAUUGGAAUCUUAGAGGGAGCCAGAUGUUCAGUCAUGGAAUGGGCAUUCAAACUCUAAAGUUAGACAUCCAUCCAGUAUUUUACUACUGUGCUGUCAAGUAACAUCUACAGUGAAUUGUAUCAACCGAUUGUGAUGGAAAUUCAGAAGCUAAUUUCAGAGGAACUGGUUUUUAGGAGAACUGGGGUUUACAGAAUCUGUCCCAGCAGAGCAUAGUUAUAGAUUUCAGGCAGACAAACCUCCGAUGCACACAUACUCAACACCCCCUGCCCCACCUCAUUCAUACAUCUUUUUUUUUUAAUUUAUGGAAUAAAACAGGCAUUUCCAUAACAUGGUACAAUAAAAAAGAUGAUUGCACAUGAAAUUGCAAAUCUACUAUGCACAACUUGCUAUUCCUUUCAAAUAUACAACAAAAUUAUCAUGUAAAUUUCUUUUUUUUUCUUCCUCCCCCUCCACCCCCCCUUCCUAGAGAUGGCUACCGUUAGGUUGGCCAAUAAACAACAGCAUUUUUUAAAGUGGGAAGAAAACCUUAAGGGAAAAAAUGUCCUUUAUGGUCUUUUUUGUAAAGUGAAUUAAAUUCGUAUUUUGGCAUUUAAAUCUUAGGAAUGCAGAUACAAAGUGAGGUUUGAAAUACUAGAUAUAAGGACUGGCAAUCUGUUGGUUGGUUUGUACUUAGUGUUUUGAAGACCUGCGGGUGGACUUCCUCUACUAAUGAUCCCUUGUGGCUUGGAGACGAUUUUGAGGUUCUCUGAGGACCACCCCAGGUUCGGAGAGGCCCAUCAGAUUGGCUUCAGGAUGCUGCAUGUUUUGGCCAAGCCAGUCACGAGGGCCAUCUACUAAAUCUUGGAUGGGGUGUGAUCUGUGCCUGGGGAGGGAGUGCUCUUACUCGUGAAAUCCCAGAUCUUAGAAGCAUUGAAGUGAGAUACACUAUCCAUAACACUCAAAACAGUGAUAUGAAAUGGUUCAUUGCUCAGGCAUCUAGUAACUCAUCAGUUACGUAAAGGUAAAGUUAUAUAAAAGGUGCCAACCAGAGUCCAGAGGAAAGCAACAAAACUCAGAAUAGUUGACUUGUUCCAGUUCGAGGGGCUGAAGAAGAUUGAGCCUUGGAAGAGGCCGUGGGAUCUGAAAUAGCCUAGAGUUGCCCUCAGUCUGGAAGAGGCUGAUCUGGGGUACACAAGGCCUGUGCCUCCCUUUCCCCCAGGAUUGAGGAGGCUAUCUGGGUCCAAUUCAGAACUUCCUUCUCCUACCCACCCUCAGGACCAUGGCAGACACAGGCGGCCCAUGUUGGCAAGAAAACCAUAUCCUGUUUGUUACAUGCAUUGUUCAACUUAACUCUUUUGAUUGUGCCAUAUCUUCAAUAUCAUCAUCAAUAUAUUUUAGGGAUAGGAAUGGGACCUGUGAUUUCACUGGGAUAGAGAACUCCCAGGGGUAGAAAUUACCCCUAGUAAUUCAUGUGGCAGCUGCCCCGUACCUUAAUGUGCUUUAAUGUCAGAGAGGUUAGAGGUUGUGACUGGUUCAUGGUAAAAGCCAGCUGUCUGAGGCAGGAGGUGAACCCUACUCUUUCUGGUUUUUGUGACUGUUCCCUAUCCAUUCUGCUACACUGCCUUUGUGUUAAUACAUAUGAAUCCUUUAUAGUCAUGUUCCUUAACCAGCAACCAUGAACAGUUAGUAUUUAUAGAGCACUUUCAGAUUUGUAAAGUGCUUUAAAUAUAUUUUCUCAAUCCUUACAACAAGCCUUGCGAGGUCAAUGCUUUUUACAGAUUAGAUGACUGAGGCUGAAAGAGUUAAAUGACUUUCCCAAGGUCAUGGAGAUAGUAUCUGAGUCAGGAUUCAAACUCAGGUCUUCCCAGCUCCUAAAUUUGUGAUUCCCGUCUCCUACCUGCCUCUGAAUUUGCCUUGAAAAAUCCCUGUCAUAGAUAGCUGUCUGUUUAUUUGCAUGGAUGUGCUGUCAUCUCCUAAUUAAGGGGGAGGGAACAAAACUAUCAAUUACAACCCAUGGUGUAGGCACUCAAGGCUUUCUGUAGAAAGGGAGAGAAAAGUAGGCAAAUGUUAUCUGAUGCCAUCCAUGUCCCGUUUGAGAAGGUCUUUUGUUUAAAGAGGUUUUGCUUCUGCGAUGCCUUCCAGGAGUGAUCAGAGCUGACUGUGCUCUAACAUGCAGGUUAGGAUCUUAUGGAUUCAUGGCUUUUCAGUCUUUCUAUUUUUAAAAUAAUCGGUUAAAACUAUAUCUGUUUUGAAAUUUUAAAAAUAGAUCUCAAAGCAAAGAUAUUCCAAUAACAGCUUGCAAAUCAGAGGAAGGUGUUUCCCUUUCCUACUCAGCCCUUUGGUAUAACAUUCUGCCAUCUUUAUCUCAGGUGUUUCUUCUGAACACAGUCCCAUUCCCCAAAGGCCUUUGCUGGUGAGUGGCGGGGUCUCUGCAGAACUGAAAACAUCUGCUUAGAGCCUUUGGCAGAGGGCUUUACAGCAACCUCCACUUUAUCUAAGGGUCUUAGGGGCUUGAGAAGCCAUGGCUGUGGCCAGAGAUAGGAUGGCAAAGCCCAUCAGCUGUAUUCAGGCAGUGAGUAUCCAGUGUGUCGAUGUGACUGAAUGCACCUGAAUCUGGCUUGAGCAAAAUGGCCCAAAUAGGAGGGACCACUGUAUCUUGCGUUCAUUUCUCUACUGUCAAGUGUUGCUGCUAUUAUAAAAUGCUGAUUGUUUGGAAA